CUUUGAUAACCCAGAUCGUCUUCACUUUCUCAUCUCUCUACCUCUUCUCUCUUUUCUACUAAAUUCUUGUGCUUCAUCAACCUCCUUGAUCAUACCUUGUAGUGCUUAAUCAAGAAGCAUAUAUACAAUGGCUGCUUCAGCUUCCAUGCAAUCAAUAUUCCUAACAAACUCCGUCGCUUUUGGAGCUGGAAAGAAGAGCUCAGUCAGAGUAAACCAACUUGUACCAACUCUUCACAGGUACCCUAACAUGAGGGUGCGCUCCAUGGCUGAGGAUGGUCUACCUGAGGAGAAACCAUCUACAGUUUCAGAACCAUCAAAAAUUCCACCAGCAGCACCUACACCUACUCCUUUCCCACCACCACCUAGGACUCCCAAGGUUAGCACUAAGUUCGGGGACGUGUUCGCCUUCAGCGGCCCAGCACCGGAAAGAAUCAACGGCAGACUCGCAAUGGUGGGCUUUGUUUCAGCUCUGGCAGUGGAAGUGGUGAAGGGCCAGGAUGUGUUUUCUCAGAUCUCCAACGGUGGAGUCUCGCUGUUUCUCGGCACUUGCAUUUUGCUAUCAGUUGCAUCUGUGAUUCCUCUAUUUCAAGGAGUCAGUGUGGAGUCAAAAUCAAAGGGGCCCCUUUGGACCUCAGAUGCUGAAUUGUGGAAUGGAAGACUGGCCAUGCUAGGUUUGGUAGCUUUGGCCUUCACUGAGUAUGUCAAGGGUGGAACCCUUAUUUAAGUCUCUAUAGGGAUCAUAGGAUUGUAAAAGUCUCUGUAGGGAUCAUAGGAUUGUAAAAGUCCUAUGAAAGACUGGCCAUGCUAGGUUUGGUAGCUAUGGCCUUCACUGAGUAUGUCAAAGGUGGAACCCUUAUUUAAGUCUCUUUAGGGACCAUAAGGUUGUAAAAGUCCGUUCAUAUUUAGCUGUUACAAAUAUCAAUGAGAAGGUUAUAUUUUUAUACUC